AUGCACAUAGCUGAGACUUUUUCAGAGGCAAUUAGAUUUAAUGUGGAUUAUGGAGUUUUUGAAGUAGUUAAUGAUGCCCCUAACCUUCUAGAAAAACAACUGAAAAGAAUUCUACAUGAACAGAAACCUCGAAAUCCCAUUUAUGAUGUUAUAAGGAAAGAAAAAUGUAGUAUGAUGCCUGAUAAAUUAAAUGUCCCUCCUAAAGAAGAUACUAUAAAUAUCAACUAUAAUAUUAUGUCUCUCAACCGUGAACAAGGUAUUCAGUGGAUUAAGAAAGAGAGACUUCCAGCAUUUCUAGAAAGUGAUUGUUACUUUGAAUACAGGUUGGCUAAACUGAUAUCACAAGUGAGAUGGAGCAGAUCAGGCAUGAAUAUGUACGUAGAUUCUCUUUAUAGGCCAUGGGUUGCUAAAAAGCCAGCAGCCCCACUGCCUUCUUUAGUCGAAGAUGAAAAUGAGAUAAUUAUGAAAAAAUACUACAUUUCUCUUGGAGAGGCUACUGUUACUCAGACACAAGAAUGGUUUACAAUGGCAAAACAAAGCCAGCAAACAGUGACAACCUUCUCAUCACCUACUUGUAUAUCCAGCACUAGGAUUCAAGAGAAAGCUUUUGAGGGUGAUGACAUUUUUGAUGAAUCUAUGAAGAAAGAUUCAAGUGCUACUCCUGGAUCAUCGUUAGAAGUUUUGGAUCAAGAAAGGUCUAUAUCUAUUAGAGACACUCCUUCUCAUGCUCUUUUGAGAAUUUAUUUAGAAAGAAAACGGGAGACCAUUAAAGAUUUGGAAGUAUUUUUCCCAACACUUCAAGAAUUUGUAACCUGUUAUAUAGACUUUAUUAUGAAAUCAGCACUGGCAAAAUUUGCUGAACAGCCAUUUACAGACAGUGAAGAAGUUAUAAACUUCAAUAAGGUUGCACGAGUGGUGAUUCAAGAGCAGGAGGAAGCUGAAAGGAAAAAUUUAGAUUUUUCUGCGGAAAUCAAACAGAAAGAGUUUGAUGAGAACUUAGAGCUAGUGAGUUUAUGUUCAAGAACUGAAAGCGUUGGAUCAGAUGCCAGAGCUGAUUGGUGUAUUUCCCAUAAGACGUAUGACAUUGGCACCAGGAAAGAGUUUGAAAGAUUUAAGAAGUUUAUAAAAGGGACAGUAGGGGAGAGAUAUCGGUGGCUCUGGAUGGAUAUUGAAAGAUUAAAGGUUCUUAGGGACGCUGGAAGACGUCGAAGACACCUUGAGAAGAUGAGAAAAUGCUAUCUAGUGAGUAGUGGAGAGUGCUAUCUCACUCCAGAAAUCUUAUUAAAACUUAAUCUAAUAGAUGGAUCUCAUUGGAAUGAACCACAUUUGAGAUGCAUUCAGGCUGAAGUUGUGAAACCCUUACUCCAGUAUUGGGGACCUAGAUUCUGUGUAACACAUAAAUAUGAAAUAAAAAAUGCCAGUGCUGAGCUGAAAUUCUGGCAUUCCCGCCAAGAGCGACCAAGGAAAGAUAUUGAUCCUUUCCCACAAAUGGUGACUCUUUUACCACUAAGACCUAAAUCUUGCAUGCCACAGAUUCCUACAUUAAAGAAGGAGGAGUUCAUCCAACCAUGGUCUUUGAAAUCUGCGAGGAAAUCUGCCAAGAAAUCUGAAAGAGCAGGCUCAGCCACUAGAAAAUCAGCUGUGAAGAUUGAGACUCCUGAUGAAACGCUGGAGCAGGAUCUUACUGGGAAGAGUACAAAGUGCAUGACUGUAAGCAGCAAAGUUAUUCGUUUAACAUCUUUUACUGACAUUUCUGAGUGUCUGAAGCCUCAGUUAGAUAGAAAAUUCAGCUAUACUGAAGAAACCAUUGUUAAAAAAGCUACGGCUAAUGCUGCCUUGCUUGGAUCUGACAUGGAAAACUUGCUGCAAUCUUUGUAUGUGGAAAGUAGAGCUGGAUACUUCUUCACCAAGUUCUGUGAACGUUCAAAGAACAAGCUUUGGAAGAACAGUACAUACUUUUGGUUUGACCUGCAGGCUUAUCAUCAGCUAUUCUACCAAGAAACACUUCAGCCUUUUAAAGUAUGCAAACAGGCACAAUAUCUUUAUGCCAUGUAUGUCUGUCCUUCGGCUACCCUUGAUAUUGGAUUAGAGCAGAAAAAGAAAAAAGAGAUUUACAUGAAAAUAGAUCCACCAUUUGAAGAUCUUUUUGAUGCAGCAGAAGAAUACGUCCUUCUCCUCCUUCUUGAACCCUGGCUACAGAUGGUGAAAUCAGAUCAAAACAAUUAUGGACAGGUGGAGCUGGUGAAAGAAGAUCGACAGCUGGACUCCUUGUACUUUAGAAAGCUACAGGCUAUGCACAAAGAGACUGCUCCCAAGAAAGAAGAGGAAGCUGUACCUGAUUUACCAGUACCAUAUAUUCCUAAGGAAACACAACUUUGGAAUAAAGUUCCUGAGCAAUUUAGACAUCUUAACUUUAAUUAUCUGGUUAAUAACAAGCUGGAGUUUGAACAUUUCCGCCAGUUUCUUGCAUCUCAUUCUGCUAGUAUGGACCUCAUGUGCUGGACCGACAUUGAGCAGUUCAGAAGAAUACUUCACCAAGAUAAAAAGCAAAGAGAGGCAAAAUCUAUAGAUAUUAAAAACAAAUACCUUAAUAAAAAAUACUUCUUUGGACCCAAUAGUCCAGCUACAAAAGAGCAACAAGAUGAGAUAAUGCAGUUAGGUGGUGGCUGGGGAAUGAUUCUUCACGAGCAGCUGGCAUCACCUGUUCUGCUGGAAAUUCAAAAAUAUGUCCGAAGGAGGCUAGAAAACAUGUGGUUACCCUUGUUCCUAUCAAGUGACAAGUAUUCAGCGCGUCAAAAAAUAAAGUUGCAGAUGAAAGAUAUAGCCGAAGAUUUUAUACUCAAGAAACGUGGAGAGAAAAUUGGGGUCUGGAAGGCCUCACGCAGGCCAUCUCUUGGGACUGGCUCCCGUUCCAGCAAGAAGUACGCAACAGGCAUCCGGUCUGAGCCUGAGGAGAGUAAAUGGAUAGCUUCAUCUGCUGACAUUAUUGCUUUCCGUAAAGCAUUAUUGAACCCUCUAAUAGCAAAAUUGUUUCAACAAUUUGUAUCAUUAAAAGGAGAUUUAUUGGGAAAUGGAGUACUCUUCUGGCAAGAGGUUCAAAAAUAUAAGGACUUGUGCCAUUCUCACUGUGAGGAUGCUAUUAUCCAGAAUAAGAUCACAACUAUCAUCAACUGCUUUAUUAAUUCCAGUAUUCCACCAGCUCUGCAAAUUGACCUUCCAUUUGAUCAAGCUCAGAAGAUUAUAGAGCACAGGAAAGAAUUAGGACCCUACAUAUUUAGAGAGGCACAGAUGACCAUUUUUGGGGUUCUUUUUAAAUACUGGCCACAGUUUUGUCAGUUUCGAAGCAAUUUAACUGAUGAGAAAGUUGUGGCUACUUUAGAGAGAAGAAAAGAAUAUAAGAAAAAACAGGCUACUCCCACUGAAGACAGCAAAAUAAAGUUACAGGAUGCACCCAGGACACCAAGUGGUUCAGGUUCGGGGAGAAUAAGCAGCUCCACAGGUUUAAAUACCCAGGCCUAUAACCGACAGUCUUCCUGGUGCUACUCAAAAUACAUAGAAGCUCUGGAGCGGGAGAGAACCUUGCUUAAAAUUCAAGAAGACCUGGAAAAAAGGAUACCGAUGAGCAGCUUAGCAGGCCCCUCCUUAGCUGCUAGUGCUAAGACUUUUGUUUCCUCAUCUUUGAAUGUGACUGUAACAAAAUGCAAGUUUUUACAAGACCAGCAAGGGUGA